GUUGCAGGUUUUUUUUUUUUCUUUUCUGGCAAUUUUCUAGUUCGUAAUAAACAUUUAAACAGUUAUCCAUUGUAUUUGAUGUUGUAGGGUAUUACAAAAAAGAAAUAUAAUAAGGAAAAGUAGGUGAUAUCUUAGCGGUUAGCUACAGGUUAGCAAUGAAUCUUGUUUCUCCAACAAUGCAUUGCAUGACGUCACAUGAGGUACUCGCUUUUGGACGACAAACGAAAGCCCGCCUUGAUACCAUUGAGAGAGUGAGACGAGUAGUGAGAGUAGUAGCUAGUGAAAGAGAUCGAUAGAUUGAUAGAUAGAUAAAUAGAUAGAUACAUAGAUAGAUAGAUAUCAUAGCAUAGCAUAAAUAUAUAGUCAGAGAUAGCAUAGCAUAACAGAUAGCUUAGAGAAAGAGUAGAGAAUAAAUAGACAACAUGGUUUAUUACUGUGUUUGUGGCGGGUGCAAGAACUCCAGCAAAACUGGACAUAGGGUCCAUUGUUUCCCCAAGGACAAAGGGAUCUUCCGAAGCUGGGUGCAAUUUGUCAAGAUUAGGCGGGCAGAUUUUUCAGCUAGCUCUGUCACCGCCUACUCGAGAAUAUGCAGCGCGCAUUUCAAGGAGGAGGAUUGCCACUCAGGGGAUGCCAAGAUGGUCGCACUUUCUUUAAAAAGUAUGAGGAUGGCUAAGUUAAUUCCUACCGCCGUGCCGUCUGUGAAUGCAAACCUCUCUGCUUGUCCUGUCCCGAGGUCGAGAGACACCGUCUGCCGCAAGCGAUAUAUUGCCACGAUGAUGACAGAUACCUCACAGCAGGAGACCGUGGACAGUGUAGACACUGUGGAGAGUGUCGAUACUGGGGAUCAGCCCUUGCCCUCCUCCACUUCUGACGCUGUGACACAGUGUUAUUUGAAGCCCCCCCGAUGGUCUCGCGCUGUGCAGGUUAACCUGAAGCCCAAGAUGGUCAGCGUGGGCACACAGACGUCUUUCAGCCCACAAACCUCCACUCCCCUCGCUAGUCCUGAACAGACAGAUGAUGAAGAUGAUGAUAAUGCCUCUGUCGUUAGUGACUUAUCGUGGGUGCCCGAAGAGCCGAUGCAUGAGGAGGACUUGUUUGAUGAGGAGCCACCUUACGCGUGUGACCCCCACCACAAUGGCAUUGACAAAUUCAUUGUAUGCCAAGAGGAGCUGAUGGGCCUUUUUGCCAUCUGUCCGGCCUGUUGUGAGAGGUCAGAUAGUAGCAUCGUGCAGCAGGAAGGAACUUUUGUUAAGAUCAAGCAGGUCUGUGCAUCAUGUGGCUACCACCGUUUCUGGCAAAACCAACCAAUGCUCCACAGGAACAUGCCGACCUGCAACCUCCUGUUAAGUGGGGCCAUUCAUUUCACUGGAUGUUUGGCCACCCAGACAUUAAGAAUGUUGACUCUGUUUGGCCUGCAGUGCAUCAGUGCGAGCAGUUUCUUUCGCCAUCAGCGCCGCUACACUAUCCCUGUAAUCGUUCAGGCCUGGCAAAAUGAUCAAGCAAAGAAUUUUAGUGACCUACGGGCAAUGGAUGGCGGGCUAGUUCUUGCUGGUGACUGCAGGUCAGAUUCUCCUGGGCACUGCGCGAAGUAUGGAUCCUACUCUCUGAUAGAGGACAGAGUGAACAAGGUGGUGGAUGUUCAGCUUGUUCAGAGCUCAGAGGUCCCCAACAGCUCAUGGUGUGAGCUUGAAGGGCUCAAGCGCAGUGUUGACCUGCUGAGGGGAAAGGACCUGCAUUUGGCAACGCUGAUCACGGACCGUCAUCGCCAGGUUGCCAAAUGGGUGAGAGAGGAGCUGAGCCCUGAAGGGACACGGCAUUAUUUUGAUGUGUGGCACAUUGCCAAAAGUCUGGGGAAGGCAUUGGAUGCAGCUUCAAAAGAGUGUGACCAACUACAGUUGUGGAGGCCUGCUAUAGUGAAUCACCUCUAUUGGACUGCAGCGUCAACCCCAGAUGGCAACCCAGCGGUCAUGGAGGCCAAAUGGAGAAGUUUAGUCAACCACAUCCAGGACAUUCAUGACCAUGACACCCCUGCCUUCUCCAGUUGUGCCCAUGGCCCUCUAGACGGGGAUCAGCGCAACAAAGAGUGGUUGGACCCAGGCUCAUUGGCAGCAGUAAAGUUGGAGAACAUAAUCAUGAGGACUGCCUUACUGAAAGAUGUUCGACAGCUGUCUCCACAGCACCAGACCUUCUCCCUUGAGGCUUACCACUCCCUCAUCUUGCACUUCGCGCCCAAGCACACAGGGUUUUCAUACCUUGGGAUGUAUAGCAGGCUUCUCUUAGCGGCGCUGCAUUAA